UAAACGGAGCGCGCGCGUCUCUCUGCGUGUGUGAGGUUGUAAUGAUGGCGUCCUGCGCGCGCGCUGUGUGCCUCGGAUUGAAGCUGCUGUUGAUCGCGAGCUCGGUGUCGGUUCAGUGCGCGAGCCGGAGCGACCUGUCCGACUACGGGCUUCAGUUCGGAGAUCAGACUCUGCAGUCCGGAACCGACCAGACUCACCGAGUCCGACUGGACCGAGCUGUGCUCUUCUUCGAUCAGAACUUUGAAGAAGUUUAUGUCAACACCAAUGGCUUUGUGUCCGUGGCAAAGCCUCCACCUGAGUCAGAGUAUUUGGGUAAAAUGCCCGCCACCUUUGGCAUGAUUGCUGCUUUCCUUGGGGACUUGGACACCAGCGACAGUGUUGGAAAAGUCUUCUUCAGGCAGGACACCAGCCCAGAAUUGUUGCAAAGGAUUGGCGAGCAGAUCAGCCACGCUUUUCCGGAUGAGAGCAAGAUUGAGCCGACUAGUGCCUUUGUUGUGACCUGGGAGAAUGUGGCAGCUCAGGGAACACCGGAAAGAGGAUCCGGAUCUUCUAAAAAAAGAAACACUUUCCAGCUUGUCUUAGCAUCAACAGAAUUGAACACUUAUGCCAUCCUGGCCUACCCAAAAGACGACAUGCAUUACUUCUCCACUCCUGUAGGGGGUGAGAGUCGGGCCAUUGAGGCUGGCUUCAGCCAGGGUCAGAUUAAAAGCUGGCUGUGGACUACACAAGGCCUUUAUUAUCGCAUCCCCACUAAUGUCGAGAACCCUGAUGUCAAAAAACUCACAGAACUAACCAAUUCUGGCACACGUGGUGUGUGGGUUUACAAGAUUGGUUCCUCCUCCUUUUUCACUAAUAUCAUACCUGGCCGUGUCACCACUGUAGAGGAGAAUGCGUUUCCUCAGGAAGUCACUGAAUACCCAGAGCCAAGGUACUCUGGAAGGGGUGAGUUCAUAGAAGAUGAAACCACCACACCAGAAAUAAGCAUACCAGAAACCAUCCCACCAGAGCCAACGGUAUCAGAAACAACCUUUCCACAGUUGGAAGUCAAGCCUGUGAUCCAUGAUCAGUCUCAACCAGAAUAUAAGUACCAACCACCCCAGGCUAACAACCCUCACAAAGUCUACCCGUUACCUCGAGGGCCCAGGCCAGUCAACCCUGAGAUAGUGGUUGUGGAUGAACAGGAUGAAGACAUAAAUGUUAACGUGUUUUCGUAUCGUGAGACGUGUGCCAACAACGGGCACAAGUGCUCUAGUUUUGCAGAUUGCCGAGAUUAUGCUACAGGUUACUGCUGCCAUUGUAGACCUGGAUUUUAUGGCAAUGGGAAAGAUUGUGUUGCUGAAGGUAAACCACAGAGGAUGAAUGGGAAGGUUAAUGGGAGAAUCUACGUUGGUAGCUCCGGUUCCCCGGUCGAGCUCUCUAACAAUGAUUUGCACUCGUAUGUGGUAGUGAAUGACGGACGAGCCUAUAUAGCUGUUAGCAGUAUCCCAGAGAGUGUCGGCUACUCCCUGCAGCCUCUCACCUCAAUCGGAGGGGUCAUUGGCUGGACCUUUGCCCUGGAGCAGCCGGGAUACGAGAACGGCUUCAGCGUUAUUGGAGGGGUUUUCACUCGUCAGGCUGAGGUGACCUUUCAGCCAGGCGGAGAGAAACUCACCAUCAACCAGGAGUUCAAAGGAAUUGAUGAGCACGACCACCUGGUAGUGAGCACUCAGCUGGAGGGCAGGAUCCCAGAAGUCUCAGCUGGCGCCAGUGUCCAAAUCGACCCCUACUUUGAGAUCUACCAAUACGCUAGCAACCUGAUCACAUCCUCCUCCACCCGGGAAUACACAGUAAGCCCCCCUGAUGGUCCUGUCAAGACUCUGAGCUAUCUAUGGAGGCAAAGGAUCACAUACCAAAGCUGCCCACAUGAUGAAUCAGUUCGCUCCUUACCAGCCAGUCAGCAGCUCAGCGUGGACCAGGUGUUCGUCAUGUACGACUCGGUCAACAACCUCAUCCGCUAUGCCAUGACCAAUAAGAUCGGCCCUAUCAGUGGAACCCCACAGCAGAACCCGUGUUACACUGGGAGACACGGAUGCGACACCAAUGCAGUCUGCAACCCUGGUCAGGGAAACCAGUUCACAUGUCAGUGCGCUUCAGGCUUCACAGGCGACGGGCGCACAUGCUAUGAUAUUGAUGAAUGUGCGGAGACCCCACGGAUCUGUGGUGCUCACGCCAUCUGUAAUAAUCAUCCCGGGACUUUCCGAUGCGAGUGUAUGGACGGCUUCCAGUUCGCCGCCGAUGGCCGCACCUGCGUCCAAGUGCACUAUGACAUCGAUCACUGUCAGAGGGGGACACAUAACUGUGACAUCGCUGAACGCGCCCGCUGUACCUAUACCGGCGGAUCGGCGUACGUGUGCUCCUGUCUGCCUGGCUUCACAGGAGAUGGCAGAACAUGUCGGGAUAUUGAUGAAUGCCAAACUUCCCGUUGCCAUAGAGACGCCGUCUGUCACAACACACAGGGCUCUUUUACCUGUCGGUGCAAUGUAGGUUUCUACGGCGAUGGCUUCAGCUGCACGCCUGAUUUAGUGCGUGAGAAGACUGCAUGUGAGCAACAUCGAGAAAGAGCCCUGGCAGCCACGUCUCCCGGUGGAUAUUUCUUCCAGCCACGCCCAGUGGUGGGCCAGUACAUCCCUACAUGUGACCACAAUGGAGAGUACACGCCUAUGCAGUGCCACGACAGUAUCGGUCAAUGCUGGUGCGUGUACCCCAAUGGCGAGGAAGUGGCUGGGACCAGAACCGGACCAGGCAGCAGACCCACGUGUGGGGAUCAUGUUCCUGUUGGCCCCACCACUAAUCCAGAUGUCAGACCACCACCUCCAGGAGCUAAUCUUCUCUUUGCCCAGAAUGGCAAAAUUGAUCACAUCCCACUGGAAAACAGCAACAUGAAGAAAGAGGAAACUAAGACCAUGCUGCAUCUCCCAGAUAACGUGGUGAUUGCUGUGGCCUACGAUUGCGUGGACAGGAUGGUGUACUGGACCGACAUCACGCAACCAUCCAUCAGCAGAGCCAGCAUUCAGGGAGGCCAGCCAACGGCCGUUAUCACAAAAGAUUUAGGAAGUCCUGAAGGAAUAGCAAUCGACCACCUGUCUCGAAACAUGUACUGGACAGACUCCGUUUUGGACCGGAUCGAGGUGUCUCUGCUAGACGGACAGCAUCGACGUGUGCUGUUUGACACUGACCUCGUAAACCCCAGGGCCAUUAUCGCUGACCCUGUCAAUGGACGUCUAUACUGGUCGGACUGGAACAGAGACAGCCCCAAGAUCGAGAUGUCCAACAUGGAUGGUACAGACAGGACUGUACUUGUGAAUGAUGACAUCCAACUCCCUAAUGGACUGUCCUUUGAGCCUCAUACCAGGCAGCUGUGCUGGGCAGAUGCAGGGAUACGUAAGGUGGAGUGCGUUAAUCCGUACACUCGGCUGAGGAGAAAGGUGGUGGAGGGACUGGAAUACCCCUUCGACAUUGUCUCCUACGGAGGAAACCUUUACUACACAGACUGGAGAAGGCAAGCUGUGGUAUCUGUGGACCACGUGGCAGGGAAGGAGGUGGAUGAGUUCCUGCCUCAGAAGAGAUCACGCGUGUAUGGCAUCACCACCACGUACCCACAAUGCCCUCAAGGUGAAAGGAACUACUGCUCAACCAAUAACGGCGGCUGCUCACACUUGUGUCUGCCGCGGCCGAGUGGCUUCACCUGCCGCUGCCCUGACGCUCGGGACCCCACAUGCAUCGAGAGGGACCGGAACAUCUGAGAGCACUCGAAUGAUCGACACACAGGUGUGUUGAUGAGAUGUGGACAAAUCAACACCUGUGACACAUGAUUCAAGGACAAAAAACACUGCGUAUUGUAAUUAGGGAGAGAUGGUCCAUUUCCUAUCAGCCGCUAAACCCCGCCCCCAUCACUAAAGUCCUGGGACCCUGCAGAUGUGAUGUAGUAAUGUGUGAAAGAGGAAUAAAUCAAGUUCGACAUGGAUAGGAGUCCUGUUUAAACUGUGAGAGGAGGAGGAGGAGACCUCAGGAUAAAAUGAAAGGAAGAAAAGAACACAGAGCUGGAAUGGACUGUACAAGGAAGGAGUCGUCAGUAUGGUGCUUUUCAAGCUGCGACCAAAGGAGGGUCCAGGGACCCAUGAGCCGGGGCAAGAAGAUCCAAGUCAAAACUGAUCCGUUUUGCAUCUCAAUUGUUGUCUAUUGUUGAAAUAUUAAAUCUUUAUAGUUUAUCUUUAUCAGUAUACUAUUAACUGGUUAUGUGGCAAUUAAGUGAUGUUUGUACUUGCCAGUGACUAUGACGUACUUGUAGCAACAACAUCACGUGUGAAAGUCCUAAGUCACGUGGAAACAAAAUAUAGCCAUACAGUACAUCCGCAUUUUAACGAGCAAGUAAAAGCCACGUUUUUUGUUGUUUUCCGGUGUUAAUAUAUGACUGUAUAUGGGGUGUGGGAUGGAUAUGGGAGGGAUAUUAUAUCAUUAUAUUAAUUAUUUACAUACACCAAUAUAAUAGUUACAAUUAUUUUCCAGUCUUGUUCUUUGAUUACCACGUUUUAAUUGUAAAGUAAAAGCCUGAUAUAGUCACAAUUUAAAAAAAAAAUUUCAGGUUAAUAGGAACAGCCAAAAAUGAAAUUUACACGCUUUCCCUCUCCGCCCCCAAAUGUAGUCCAUCAACCAAGAUGUUGUUUCUUUUUUAUUACUAUAAAACAAAUGUUGCUAACAAGUGAGCGUGUAGCCAUACAGCCUCCAGUUUGCAUUAUACGAGUCUCUCAGAAGCUAGAUUUCAAACGUGCACGAGAGAAUCUAGGAGGAAAAAAAAAUUGCCAAGAACCGCCUACUUUACAGAAAGAGCCAAUUAGAUGAUGGUAGACGACCACAGACCUUUUGCUUCAAACAAAGCUCUUUAAUAUCUUGGCUGAAUUUAGACAACUUUUGCCAGUCCACUGACUGCCUCACUCCGAAAAGCUCGUCAUAGUGGUCAAAAGCUGGAAGGCAGAACUGUAGCCUUGAAAUUCAUGAAGCUUGUGGCUAGAAAAAACGUGCAAAAGAUAUCAGAAAUGAUGACGCGUCUGUGGCUCCACCCACAACUCACAAUGCAGCACAGUGUACAGUCCGAAGACGUGCAGUGAGGUUAACUGGCUACUCUAAAUUGCCCUUAGGCGUGAAUAUCUGAGCUGCGUUCUGUGGUCAGACGUGAGUAGUAUGGCGCCUUUGCAUGCCUUCGUCUCGGCCAUGUUGAGCUGCGUCCUUCGUAAUUCAGCUAUUCAGAUGCAAGAAAGGGUGAUUAGCCACCCCCCAACUUCAACUUUUGUACACUUUUCUGGCCACAAGCUUCAGGAUCUUGUAGGUUGCAAUCUGACUGGCUGUUGGCACCUCUGGUUUCAGAUGGGAAAACAAACUUUUGAACACAGUGACGCAAUCAGUAUUUUGGAGCAAGACAGUUACUAUUUAUUCUAUCCACUUUCACUGGAUAGGAGCAAUCGUGCGCUCUGGUUGGCUACUCUACUACAAGGAUAUCAGCUCAUAUACCGAGAGUAGAGAAAAACAAAAUGGCAGAGCGCAUCAAGUCAGAUACAUCACUUUAUCAAGUAUUUAAAAGAAACAGAAAUGGCUAAAAGAAUAGUUCCCCCCCCCCCGAGAUCACCUGUUCUACACUCCGGCCCAGUCAGUGGCACUAAUGCACCUUUAAGUUGGUUUAACAACUGCCACAAAAACCCUAAAGAACAAGAAGAAAAUGGCGGCGCGUGUUGCUGAACCAGGCGGCACGGUGGUGUAGUGGUUAGCGCUGUCGCCUCACAGCAAGAAGGUCCGGGUUCGAGCCCCGUGGCCGGCAAGGGCCUUUCUGUGUGGAGUUUGCAUGUUCUCCCCGUGUCCGUGUGGGUUUCCUCCGGGUGCUCCGGUUUCCCCCACAGUCCAAAGACAUGCAGGUUAGGUUAACUGGUGACUCUAAAUUGACCGUAGGUGUGAAUGUGAGUGUGAAUGGUUGUCUGUGUCUUUGUGUCAGCCCUGUGAUGACCUGGCGACUUGUCCAGGGUGUACCCCGCCUUUCGCCCGUAGUCAGCUGGGAUAGGCUCCAGCUUGCCUGCGACCCUGUAGAACAGGAUAAAGCGGCUAGAGAUAAUGAGAUGUUGCUGAACCAGCCGAGGACGAAAUAAAAACACUCGAAAACAACCCCCCCCCCCAAAAAAAAAAAAAAAUACAAAAAACAAGCAACAAAAUAUGGAAUGAAAGUAUUUGAUGGAAAGAGCACUUUUUUUUCAAGAAUUAUUAUUAUUAUUAUUAUUAUUGCGUUUUUCACAAAUUGCUACUAUCAUUUCGCCGGUUUCUUUACAUUCUAAGUGGAAAUGAUUUUGUCAGACGUUUUGUAUAAAGUUUUUAUUUAUCAAAUUUGCAAAAAAAAAAAGCUGUUUCUCAAAAUCCAGUGAAUGUGGAUAGAAUAAAGCCGUUAUUCCAUUCAAUCUCGUCAUACAUGCCUUAUAGCCAACUUGGUGUUACGUGCCUCGUCGGCUAUCAGCUCAUGUACGACUCGAUUUCGUGGAAUACCUAAAUACUUAAAAUUAAAAGGAUUAUCAAACUAUGUACAAAGUAAUAAAUGUGCCUUAUACGUGGUUAUACCAAGCGCAAUAAGCUUUUCUUACUUAACGUCAUUGGCCGUGAAGUAAAUUUUAGAUAUCGGACAUGUCUUUCUUCAUUUAUUGACUACACUUGAGGUAAAUGGGAAACUGUGUUAAUUUCAUUACUGUUGAACUAUUUAAAGAUGUUCACGUUUACAAGCUUUAAGCUAAUCGGGGUAGAUGCUGAGGUGCGGUCCAUCUGGAUUGAGCACCACUGGGGAGUGCGUUGGCCUUCCUGACCUCAUCCGCCAUAUGGGGCUUCACUCACUCGCCAAUUAUGCAAUAGACAAAGUUACCAUGUACGUGUUGAUUAUGCAGCUGGGGAGAGGAGAUGGGAAACAAGGGAUCAUUUCUAAUUCAUACAGCUGUCUAAUAAAAAAAAUCUCCCUUUUUUAA